AUGAUCCCCGCACUGCUCUUACUGGGCCUUACGGCCCUUGUUGCUCCAUCUGUGAGUUACAGUUGCUAUGGCGAUAUAAGUGCUCUUCAAGCCCCCGCCAUCUCCUGUACAGCUGUAAGAGCCCCAGACUGUGGGCUUGCCAUGGUGCGGAGGACUGCUGAGGCAGACGUCGUACGCCUGAGGAAAUACGAGGUGCCAAUUAAGAGAGUAGCCAGAAACCUGUGCUUGGACCCAGCACUCAUUGCUGGCAUCAUCUCGCAGGAGAGCCGUGCUGGCUUGGUCCUGGACAAUGGCUGGGACCAGGAGCGGCAAAAGUACGGCUUGAUGCAGAUCGGAGGGCAGCAACGUGCUUACGGAAUGUGGGAUAGUGAAGAACACAUAAAUCAGUGCUCAACUAUCCUGGUUCUUGCAAUUAAUGAAGUACGGGCAAGGCAUCCUACCUGGACCUGGGACCGGCAGCUGAGAGGGGGACUCUGCACCUACCGUGCUAAAAUGGCCAGCCGCCAGGUCUAUGAGGAAGACCCAUGCGACAGAGACAACUACUACGCUAACAGCGUGAUCAGGCGAGCCCAGUACUUUAAGAGACAUGGGUUCUAG